UUAAUAGGAGUCUGAAAAGACCAGCCCCGACAGCUCAUUAGAAUGUGAUCCCUCCCUCUCUGGCUGGGUCUCAACUCCCUCCCUCCUUCAAGUUGAUGGGAAACUCUCCCACAAAACUAGUAUUUAAUUGCCGAGCUACAACCAAGGAGGCUUUUGUCGGUCUGCCGCUGGCGGGAAAGGAACGGAGAGCAGACGGGCAUUUGGAAAGUGUUUGAGAGCAAAAAGAGAGAGAGGCCCAAUUAGAGAGAGAACGAAGAUUUGGACCCCGGUGUUUGGAGUUAACGGGAUCCAGGCUAGAAAGUUUGUUUUCUUCCCUACGGAGGUGAUUGCCAAAUCGUUUAUCUACAGAUUUCUGCGCCCAGAAAAAGUGAGAUAGCUGACUUCGAGCACUUUGAUGCCUUUGGGAGCUUCCCAGUUCAAUCAGCUCCAGCAUCUGCAAACACGAUGGUUUCCCACUGGUAAGGAUCAGACUUUUUUUUUUCCUUGCUGAGUUCAAGGUGGACAGAGAGCGAAGGCUGAGUGGAUGUUUCCCGUGUCAGGAGGUGAACUUUCCCAGCAAGCGGCAAAGAUCGAAAAAAUUGUGAGGGUGCUCACCGCCCCCCACCCUCAAUCUGCCUUCAAUUCCUUGCGUGCGUGGUUUUAUUUUGCUAUUUCUUCCCUUCACCUGCUGCUGAUUUGAAUCUAGAGGUCUGAAGACGUUUGGGUGAGGAAGGAGACUUAAAUGUGAAAUACUGGACAGGUGUCUGAUGAACUCCACCAGUCAGUCAGAUUCUGGGUUUGCGUCUUCCCAAGCUGCUGUUAUCAAGGAGUAACUUCAAACCGUGAGUCGUUUUGGCUGGUGCAAAACCUGAUCGACCAUCUGUUCCAAAGGGGCAUCGAAUUUGCUCACCGCGAUCAUUCUCUGCCCACGAACGGACUCAGUUGGCCAGGCUAGGACUAAACAUUUCGUUUUUUUUAAGAGGCGAAAGGAAGCGAACCACAUUUCUCUCUGAAGACUCACAGGCAUUUUGAUUUCCCUCUUUGGAGGGUGUUCUCUCUCUCUCUCUCUCUCUCUCUCUCUCUCUCUCCAUUUGAAAGAUGUCCGGCAAAGCCAAGAUAAAAUGUUGGACUUGGUUAGUUUUGGCAGCCUUGGUGUGCCAAGAGUUUUCCUACAUCCGAGUCGCGGUGGCCAAGAAAGAGAGAAAGAAGUCGAAGGAGCCUAAUCAGUACACAGAGCCUUUCAACGGGACUCUUUCCAACAGCGAAGAACUCAACACGCACUCCAAGAUGCUAGAGUCCCCAGACCCUCGCAUCACUGACCCGCGUCGGACGUGGAUUUCAUUUGUACAUCGUCCUGAUGACGGCAGCAACUCCAAAAAGAAAUGCAAAGGCAGAGAUAAGAAAUUACGUGGGCUUGUUGGACCUCCAGGACCCCCAGGCCCUCCAGGACCCCCAGGGGCUCCAGGGGCAGAAGUCACCCAGGAAGUCUUGCUGCAGGAGUUCAAGAAGAUGUUAAAAGAAGCCACCGAGCGGCGGGCCCCUCCGGCUUUGCCAACCCCCCUGAGCGAGGCGCCCCCUUUGCUGCUCUCCCUGGAGGAGGCCUCCCCCUACCGGCGAGUGGAGGAGGCUUUUCACUGCAAACUCAAGGGCCAGAUCGUUGUGGACAAGAAGACCUUGAUGGAACUCCAGAACUUCCAGAUGCCUUCGGCCAAAGGAGCGUUCCUCCGGGGAUCUGGCUUGAACUUAACCACCGGGAGAUUUACAGCAUCUAUAUCUGGCAUUUAUCAGUUUUCAGCCAACGUCCACAUUGACCACAGUGAGCUGAAAAGUAAAUUACAGCUUCGAGCAAGAGACAAUGUCCGGGUGCUGAUCUGCAUCGAAUCCCUCUGUCAUCGCAACACGUCUUUGGAAGUUAUUGCUGGUCUGGAAAGCAACAGCAAGAUCUUCACCGUUUAUGUCCAUGGAUUGCUGCAGCUGCAGCCCGGACAGUACACUUCCAUCUUUGUCGACAACAGCGCCGGUGCCCCUGUCACCAUUCAGAACGGAUCCGAUUUCAUGGGGAUGCUGGUGGGAGUCUAAUCCCGGAUGGCCCACGACGCAGGGGGGCAAGGGGGAUGAAGAUGCAGCUGAGGACCUGCCUGUCCGUACUUUGCCGC